AAUCAGGACGGAAAAAUGAAGGCGCGUGGCAGCCAACAGCCUCCUAAAACAUUUCCUUGGUCAAAAAUUUCGCACCGAAAUUACCUAACCCAUUCUCUCAAAUUCCAAAGCUCCAAUCUUUGAAAUUGGACAUUGAACGUCAGAACGACCGAACCAGAACCAGCAGCUGCUCCCCCAAUUCUCCCUCUCUCUCUCUCUCCCUCUCUCUCUCGCUCUGCAGCUCGUUUGCUUCUUUUCCCCAUUCUCCUCUCUGCUUUGAUUUUCCUGGGUUAGGGUUUUGGGGCCGCCUCGCCGUCGCCAUUGUUGCCAUCGCCGUUUCAAUGGCGGCUGCGGUUGGCUUCGCGCCCUUUUGUGGAGGCCUGAGCAAGGAGUCAGUUCCCCUCCGUUGCGAGGUCUCCUCGCCUACGCUGGCUUCUCCUUCUCAAGUUCGAUCCUUCUACAGACCCUCGAAGAUCAAAAGUCUGGUUUCUCGGAGAGGAGUGUCUUUGAAUCCUCGAUGUAAGGUUUUUGCCGACAAUUUGACUCGAGAUGAUGAGAUCGAUUCAAGGGCGAUGAGUGUUUCCGCCAUCGAGCAGCUCAAGAUCUCCGCAGCUGAUAGAUAUACAAAGGAAAGGAGCUGCAUUAUGGUUGUUGGGAUUAGUGUUCAUACAGCUCCAGUUGAGCUGCGUGAGAAACUUGCAAUUCCAGAAGCACAAUGGCCUAAAGCUAUAAAUGAGCUAUGCACUUUGAACCAUAUAGAAGAAGCUGCCAUUCUUAGUACAUGUAACAGAAUGGAAAUAUAUGUUGUUGCUCUAUCUCAACAUCGUGGAGUUAAGGAAGUGACAGAGUGGAUGUCAAAGACAAGCGGGGUUUCCGUUUCAGAACUUUGCCAAUACCGCUUUUUGUUGUACAACAAAGAUGCUACACAACACCUAUUUGAGGUAUCUGCAGGACUUGACUCUCUUGUUCUAGGAGAAGGACAAAUUCUUGCUCAGGUAAAGCAAGUUGUAAAAUCUGGGCAAGGAGUCCCAGGAUUUGGUAGGAAAAUCAGUGGGCUAUUCAAGCAUGCCAUCACUGCUGGAAAACGGGUUAGAACUGAAACCAAUAUUGCAGCUGGGGCUGUUUCUGUUAGCUCAGCUGCUGUGGAGCUUGCCCUAAUGAAACUUCCAGGAUCUUCCUAUGCUUCUGUCAGGGUGUUGGUGAUAGGAUCAGGGAAGAUGGGGAGACUUGUGAUUAAACACUUGGUUGCGAAAGGGUGCUCAAAAAUGGUGGUUGUCAACAGGACUGAGGAGAGAGUUGCUGCAAUUCGUGAGGAGCUUAAGGAUGUUGAAAUUAUUUAUAAACCCCAUGCAGAAAUGCUAGCAUGUGCUGCUGAAGCUGACGUUGUUUUUACCUGCACUGCAUCAGAAACCCCACUGUUUUUGAAAGAACACGUGGAGACACUGCCCCCUGUAUGCCCUGAAGUUGUAGGGCUGAGGCUGUUCAUUGAUAUAUCUGUUCCCAGGAAUGUGGGAUCCUGUGUGUCAGAGUUUCAGACUGCUCGUGUCUUCAAUGUGGAUGAUCUCAAGGAAGUUGUGGCAGCUAACAAGGAUGAUCGACUCCGCAAAGCAUUGGAAGCUCAGGCUAUUAUAACAGAGGAAUCAAAACAAUUCGAAGCUUGGAAGGAUUCCCUAGAGACCGUUCCAACCAUUAAGAAGCUUAGGGCUUAUGCUGAAAGAAUUAGAGCAUCUGAGCUGGACAAGUGUUUGGCAAAGUUUGGCGAUGGUAUCUCAAAGAAACAGAAGGGAGCCCUUUAUGACCUUAGCAUGGGUAUAAUCAACAAACUCCUUCAUGGUCCAAUGCAGCAUCUCAGAUGUGACGGGAACGACAGCCGAUCGCUGAGCGAGAUACUUGAGAAUAUGCAUGCUCUUAACAGAAUAUUUGGCCUCGAGACAGAUAUGUCAGAGUUGGAACAGAAGAUUCGAGCCAAGGUAGAAAACACUAAGAAGUAAGUGUUUCAUUGAUGUUCCUUGCUUCAUUUUCAUCAUUAUCUCAAAAUGGAAGAACAGGGAAAUUUAUCACCAUGCGGGGACAGCCCUUCAGAGGCAUUUGAUCAUCAGCUUCAUAUUCCUCAAAGUUGGGAGCCAUUCUUUGUGUACAGUAUGUAUGAUAAGGGAUAUUAGGGAUUAGGCGUAGGCAGAAAAAAGAAUUUAAAAUUCUAGGGAGAGCUUGGUCACGGUUUAUUAACGGCUCAUUGGUUCACAGAAUAGCUAUAUCUUGGAACAACAUGAAAAAUAGCAAUAACUAUUCUGUGUGUUUGUUAUUAUUUCAUUUAAUUUGUAAUGAAAUAUGAGAAUAGUUAUUGGA